GACCACCCAUUAAGGUGGUCUGUUGUUGGGGAUGUCCGACAUUGUAAAACAAAUCCUUGCAAAACCGAUACAAUUAGCAGACCAAGUCAUAAAGACAACAGAAACCGUUUGUUCAUUUAAAGACAAUUGUGCAGAGAUCAAAACCAAGACCGAAAAACUUGCAGCCCUCCUUCGACAAUUCGCACGUGUCAGCAACAACCUCUACGAACGUCCCACGCGUCGAAUCAUUGAUGAAACAGAACAGGUUCUUGAAAAAACAUUACAUCUUGUUUUAAAAUGCACCCGGAAUGGUCUAAGACGGGUGUUUAAGAUCAUUCCCAAUGCCAUCUUUCACAGAACAUGUCAGCAACUCGAGAAUUCGAUAGGAGAUGUGUCGUGGCUCCUACGUGUAUCCACGCCUUCGUAUGAUCGUGAUGAUGAGUAUCUCGGGUUGCCCCCAAUCGCGUCUAACGAGCCUACAUUGUGUCUUAUUUGGGAGCAAAUUGCAAUCCUGUAUUCGGGUACAUUAGAGGAACGAGCAGAAGGGGCGACCUCACUUGUUUCGUUAGCAAGAGAUAACGAAAGAUAUGGAAAAUUGAUUAUUGAGGAAGGGGGCGUGCCUCCACUUUUGAAACUUGCUAAAGAAGGUGAUGAGGAUGGACAAGAGAACGCGGCCCGAGCCAUUGGGUUACUUGGUCGCGAUCAAGAAAGCGUGCAACACAUUAUAAACGCGGGUGUUUGUGCUAUAUUUGCAAAGAUUUUGAAGUUUUCGCACAUGAAAGUACAACUAGUCGCGGCGUGGUCUGUCUCUGAGUUGGUUGCUAACCACCCGAACUGUCAAGAACAUUUCUUGCAAAAUAAUGUUAUCCGGUUGCUUGUUGGUCAUUUAGCGUUUGAAACGAUUCAAGAACAUAGUAGAUACGCGAUUGCUAACAAGCAAAAUAUGUCCCUUCAUACCGUCGUUAUGGCUAAUACCGACCCAAAAGGUGUCAAAAAUGGUAACGACGAAAAAGGCCUUCCACGAGGUCUAAGAACAAACGAUAUGCAGAAUGUAGUAACUAACACCAUGGCCGAGAAAUCAGGCAAGAAUAGUCGUAAUGGCAGGUCAAAGAACUACAGAAACAAUAGAAAACAAAUCGCGUUGGUUGGAGUAAGUAUCAAAGCGCGAGAAUUAGAAGAUCCAAGAACUAAAGCUCAAAUGAAGGCGAUGGCAGCUCGAGCCUUAUGGCAUCUAUGUGCGAGAAACGUUGUGAUUUGUAAAAGUAUUACUGAGUCGCGAGCACUUCUUUGCUUCGCAGUACUUUUGGAAAAGGGUGAGUAUGAAAUACAGUAUAACUCGGCGAUGGCAUUGACAGAAAUAACCGCAGUAGCUGAACAACACGUUGAGCUAAGACAUUCGGGCUUCAAACCAACAUCCCCUGCAGCCCGGGCUGUUGUAGACCAGUUUCUCAAAAUCAUCAAAAAUGCAAACUCGGAUUUUUUGAUACCAAGUAUCCGAGCAAUAGGACACUUAGCUAAAACGUUUCGUGCAACUGAAACACGAAUCAUCCCUCCUGUUGUACAACUCCUUGACAACAUGGAAACAGACGUAUCAGUAGAAGCCGCGAUCACAUUAACAAAGUUUGCGUGCCCUGAUAACUUCCUACACGUAAACCAUUGUAAAACGAUAAUAGAUGAAGGAGGACCGAAACACCUGAUCCAACUAACGUAUUUUGGGGAACAUCUGAUCCAAAGUCCGGCUCUGAUUCUUCUUUGUUACCUCGCGAUGCAUGUACCUGAUAGCGAGACAUUAGCUCAAGACGAAGUGCUUGUAGUACUCGAAUGGGCGUUGAAACAAGGCCAUUUUACGCAAGAUUCAACGCUAGAAACACUUAUCAGCGAAGCGAAACAAAGAUUGGAGAUCUAUCAAUCUAGAAAUACAAGAGGAUCGUGGAUGCGAUAA